UUGGUUUAUUUGGCAGUGGGAAAAAAGUAUCGAGGGGCAUAAUCUAAUAUUUGCAAAAAGUGAUGCACUAAAGUGUGGAUAUGAGGAAGUGAUCGCUGAGGGAAAAGUUGAAAUGAAAAUAAACUUACAGCUAUUUAUUCAAUGAAAAAAAAAUCUCCAGAAGAGCAAUAUGUCAGCAUUGAUAAAGCCUUUUAGAUCCUCCAUCUGUGUGAUGUAAAGUAAAAAAAAAAGGCAGGGAGGGAGGAGAUACAGGUGGGGGGUCGAGGAGCGGUGACAACAGAAGGGCCGCAAUGCUUGUGAUGUGAUUAAACGUCUGCUUGAACGCAGGGGUUCCCUGGAACAGACAGAGAGACGAGGGAAAAGGUGGAGGACCAGGGAUAAAACUCUAGUAAAUAGAGGAACCGGGCUCUUGGGAUGUUUUAAUAUAUACUGAGGCAAACCGGCUGCAUGUCACUGCAGAGACGACACUCCCACAUACAGGCUUCAAACAGCUUCAGUCUCCUUUGUCCAACUGGCUGACGGCCAUUCUGGCUGCAGUGUGAGGACUGGAUAACCUCCAUACUCAACGGCUAUAUAAGGACUUCCAUUCUGCUGUUAUGGGAAGACGCCACCUUAGUGCCACCUAAAAGCAUCUUGAUAAACACUCAAUCUUCACUCCUUGACACUCCACUGAGACGACACAAGAUAUCCAGAGGUUCUACAGUCUGGGUGUAAAAACAAAACCCCAAAAGCUAACCCUCUUUCUGGAACUAUGCCCCCUGUGCCCUCUGUCAGCCCUCACUCCUCUGUCUUCCUUGCACUGUUGCUUCUUGUCCAUUGGGGGCCCUCAGAGGUCAGCUGCCAGAAUGAAACAGAGCCAAUCGUGCUGGAGGGGAAGUGUCUGGUGGUGUGCGACUCCACCCCCUCUGCUGAGCCAUCGGGUAACGCUUUGGGCCUAUCAGUGAGGUCAGGAAGUGGUCGGGUGGCAUUCUCAGCCAUACGCAACACCAACCAUGAACCGUCAGAGAUGAGCAACCGCACCAUGACCAUCUACUUUGACCAAAUCCUUGUAAAUGUCGGCAGCCAUUUUGAUCCGGCGAGAAGCAUCUUUGUGGCUCCAAGAAAAGGAGUCUACAGUUUCAACUUUCACGUGGUCAAAGUGUACAACCGCCAGACAAUACAAGUGAGUUUGGUUCUUAAUGGCUGGCCAGUGAUCUCUGCUUUUGCGGGCGACCAGGAUGUGACCAGGGAAGCUGCCACCAAUGCCGGCCUGGUGAUAAUGGAGCGAGGGGACAAGGCUUACCUCAAGCUAGAGAGGGGGAACCUGAUGGGAGGGUGGAAGUAUUCCACCUUCUCUGGGUUUCUAGUGUUCCCAUUGUAGGCAGGGUUGAAUUAGAAACACAAAAAGUGGUGGAGAUUGGAUCAAGAUAUGCAUGAAAAGAAGGGUUUCACCUUUCUGGAUUUCUGAAUUUCAGGCCAUUGAUAAAGAUAUAAUGGGAACAAGAGGGUGUGUUUACAUGAACUUGAGUAUCCUGGUUGUGAUUGGGUUUUUGAAGUAUUCAGUUUGAGUGUUUGUAAUCUUCCUGGUUUGAGAAACAUGAUUAUCCUCCUGAGACCCAGGAAAGUGAAAGUUUUGGCUUUUUGUUAUAUUAAACAAUUGUCUUGUUUGGGAACUGUAUAAUACAAAAGUUUUUUCAGAUACGUUCUCUUAGUAUUAUUUUUAUGUAUGUAUUUAUUUAUGGAAUGUCCUUUGCAAUGAACGGCAUUUUUUAAAUAAAACUGUGAAACAUUUGUCCCCUAGAGAGGACAAAAAUUAAUUGCUGGGUCUCAGGAGAAUAUGACAGUUGGAAUACUUUAAAAAAAAAAAAACAAUAAUACUGUUUAAUGUAUACGUCUUAUCCCAUUCUCUACCUUUCUGCUGUUCACAACCCAUACAAACAUGGCUUUAACCAAGUGAAUGAUCAGAAAUGAAAGUGACUUCUGCAGCAACAAGGAAUUAAUUAAGAAUCUUAGUUUGUCAGUGGGGUUCACGCAUGCACUACACACUGAAAUUGGCCUUCUGUAUUUAACCCAUGCAUGUGUCACACACUGCAUACUAGAGGCAGUGGGAUUUCCAUAUCAAGCACCCGGGGAGCAAAUGGGGGUUAAGUGCUUGCUCAGUGGCACACCAGCCAACAACUCUCCGCUGGUCUUGGGAAUUGAACCGGUGACCCUUCAAUCAUUAGCCAACUCUCCAGCCCUCAAGGACACAGCUGCCCCCCAAUGAUGAAUAGUAAAAAUAAUGGAAACAAUGACAAAAAAUAAUAGGCAUUACAUUUAGUGAUGUAUGUGAAAAAGCCAUAAGUAACAUCACUUUCCUGGUGACCAAAUGAAGCUGGCAGCUAUGUGAAAAACUGUGAAUUUCUCUGAAUUUGACUUUUAUUUAUAUGUAAGUAAACAAGUCAAGAAAAUAUACAACAUAAGCGUCAUUUUCAAGUGGGUUUUUUUGUGAAAAUAUUACAUAUUUUAUUUUAAAUUAUACAGUACAUGGCAGUUUAGAUGGGAAAAAAAUGAUUUAAUUACUGACCUAGUAUGGUAUGUAGUAAACAAGCUACAGAUAAACCAGUUUACCAACAAAAAGAAUGUGUUGCUAGAGUGGAGCAAGCAAGUCACUCUGAAGAAAUAAAAUCCCAACCAAAAAACAAAUGAAGAUCUAACCCAGCAACUUUAAAUUUUUUCUCAAUUUUGCACAUGCUUGAUCAUGCCUGCAGGUACAGAAGAUGGUGGUGUGGACAUUAGAUUUCCAGUCAUCAGUACCAGCAUAAAUAUUAAUGACAUGCACAUGGAUGUGAAGUGGCAGAUUUCUCUGUGUUCCGUGUAAAUACCAAAUCCUUUAUUAAACCUGGGAUAAGCCUUAUAACUAGGAUACUGGUGCACAUAUAAACACACCCAAAAAAAGAUAUCUUUAUACCAAGUAAGUCUUGAUAAAAAGCACAAAACAUCACUGGAUAAAAUCUUCUGAUCUACAUAACCAUCUGUCAAACACUGACGCUCCAAAACUGAUAUUCUGACACAUUGAGUGAAUUCACUUUGCACCAAACAGUCAUGAAUGUAUUGCCCAUUAAUAUUGCACAGUUAUGACUCUUUGUCUCUUGUCUGACUUGUAAUUAUUAAGUAUAAUGUGCUGUAUAUGCUUGCUUGUCUUUUUCUUUAGUGCAUGAAACCCAAAGCAGAAAACAAAUGUGCCAAUAAAGAAAGUGAAUGUGUUUAAUUUCUGAUG